GCGCGCCAAGGUUAAAUCUACUUGAGUUGUUAUAUUGAUAUAACCAAACUCAUUUAACUAAUUUUGGACACUUAGAAAUAAUGAAAAGGAUGCACCUUGCGGUUUGAACUAGCUCACCAGCAACAUAUUGGAUAUUGGAUGUCAUGGAAUUGGCAUUGGGCUCAAGGUCUGGGCGCGGCCUUUCGGAGUUUGGACGUGUGGUGAUACACGAGGCUAUUUUCAUAGACAAUUUUCAAUCUACUUCUCAAUUCCCCAAGUCAGUGAUCUUGAGACUAUUAUUUACAAUGACAGUUACAUUUCUUUAACAUUGGUACUCCUCAAUUUAUCUCAUAACCUCUCAGUAAACCAAUGUCGUCUACUGCAUCUGUAGUCCCCAAUGUUUCAUAUCAUUUGCCCAAGCCUGUUACGCAGAAUUUCCAGCACUUCGAUUGUGGUUCUGAUGGGUCAGUGUUGGGAUUCAACCAUCAAUCAUCUCCGAAUAAUGAUUAUGGGCCUACUACUAAUUUUCUGAAGUCCGAGUCAUCUAUAUCCGCUUCUAAACUAGUUUCCUAUAACUUGGAUAACGCUUUACGUCUAUCCUUCAAGUCAUCUACAGUCCCGCUAAACGGCCAUAUAUCAAAUUAUACAGAAAAAUUGUCUCAACGACCUUUGUCUUUCCAUGAAUCGUCAGCCCCUCCUCUGGAUUCAGUAAUCAAGCAGAAAAUCCAAAGUUUGCCCAGAUCCUUGAUUCUGACAGAUUCGGAAGAAUGUAAAGCUGUCAAAAAAAGUUCCACUGAAACUAAACUCCUAUGUUCUGAUGAUGAACUUGAUCAUUUGUGUCAAACUGGUGCUCAUUGUAUUCCAAAAAGAGCUUUGGGAUUUGGUAACUCUGGGAAUACAUGUUAUCUUAACUCUGUACUUCAAUGUAUUUUGGCUACUGGACCUCUACUUGCAUAUAUUAACCAUAAACAUUCAAACCCUGGUAGUUGUAUUAUAAAUAGUGGUCGGUCCAGCAUUCCAAGCUUAAACAAAUCUCGGUUUUGUGUUUUAUGCGGUCUUUCCCGUCUUAUUAAUGAACAUCAUUCUCAAAAUGGACGUACAAUUCCUUCUUACUUUGUAACAAAUGUUCGAGCUAUUUGUCCCAGUCUUCGUCCUUAUCAACAAGAAGAUGCACAUGAAUUUCUACUUGGACUUUUAUCAAGAAUGGAAGAUAGUUCACUGGCAGGUUUAGGUAAAGUGUCUCGUAAACUAUCUGAAACAAAUGUCAUCAGGAGGAUUUUCGGUGGCGUAAUACGUUCAGAAGUGACAUGUCAUUCUUGCCUCAAAGUUUCAGCGCGGGAUGAACAAUGCUUUAAUCUGUCUAUGGAUAUCACUUGCGCUCGAAGUUUACAGCAAUGUCUGUGUAAUUAUGUUCGUAGCGAAGAGUUAUCAGGUCAAAAUGCAUAUAAAUGUGAAAAUUGUCAUCAGCUUCGAGCAGCUAUGAGAAAAUGUACCAUUUAUCGAGCACCACCUAUACUUAUUAUCCAGCUAAAUAGAUUUUCACGUCAUCAAAAACUUGAUAUACGUGUAGAUUUUCCUUCAUCAUUUAAUUUACGUCCAUUUAUGACACAAUCAAAAGGUUUACCAAUAUUAUAUAAAUUAUAUGCUAUAGUAAAUCAUGAAGGAUAUAGUUGUCGUAGUGGACAUUAUGUAUCAUUUACUCUACGUCAUGGUCAAUGGUUAUCACUUAAUGAUAGUUUUGUUUCAACAACAAAUACUGACCAUGUUUUACGUCAAUCACCCUACCUACUGUUCUAUGAAGCGGUUCGUAGUUCAACUAACGGCACAGUUACUCGUACAGUAACCUCUAAGGAAUCUUCACUUAACACUAAUACUCCGAAGCUAAAUAACUCUCAGUUAUCUCCUGUUAAUGAUACAGUCAAACAACAACAGUCUACUACAAAGCCUUAUUUACCAUUAUCAUCGUCAUUGUCCACACAGACUAAUCAUAAAUCUUUUAACACCAUAAAACAAACAAAUUUACUACCUGUUACCGUAUCAUCUGUUAUUUCUUCGAGUACUUCAUUUGCUAAGACACCAACAAUUAAUUCAUUGUGUUGCAGUAAUUCUACUACAAGCACGGUAUCAUCCAUACCGAAAAUUGUUUUUAAUCCUAAACUUUCAUUAAAUAAAAUAAACAUCCUACCCUUACCAAUUGUUUCUUCUACAUCGAUAUCAAAUGGUCUCAAUAAUUCAAUGUCUCUUCCUUCAAAAAAUAAAAGUAUUCAAGAUAUUAUAGAAAGUGGUAAGAAUCAUCAUUCAAAUAUUGUGUCAACAGUAUCGUCAGUUAACAGCAGUACUAGUAGUAGUACGACGACAUCGAUCCCUUUAUCAGCGGCCACUGUCCGGGAGUUGCUCUAUGGUAAAGAAACAUCAUCAAAUUUAUGGACAGAACGUCCAACACCAAUAAACGAGCCUGUUUUAUCAUUGUCAUCAACUUCAUCCUCAUCCUCAUCAAUAACAACAUUAUCUCAUUGUAAUAAAAAUCUGACUAAUGAACAAUCAUCAGUUAAUCUUAGUAAUAGUUCAGAUAAUCUAACCAUAAUCAGUACUACAAAAGUACAAACCACUUCAUCUCAAUCACCUUCAGUUAAUACUGUAGGCUUAAAAGAUAAACAACGUGAAUUGACGAAUCCUUUAGUGGACUAUUCUUACGAGGAAUCGGACAGUGAUAAAAAUGUUUCACCACCUCCUCCCAAACGUAGCCGAACAUCACACAGUGGCUCCGACUCUUGUAUUGCACGGGUUCCCGGCAAUCAUAAUGGAAAAUCCGAAAAACAUCAUAAAGAUAAAUCUUCAUCAGAUGAACAUAAACGUCAUAAGAAAAAGCAUAAAAGUCGUCAUUCAUCUAAACACAGUUCUUCCCAUCAUAAUUCAUGGAAUGGUUCCGACGAUAACCGUCACGAUCACAGUUAUCGCGAUCGGGAACUUGAUCGUAGCAGUAGUUUGCCUCGACCUUCUUCUGAUCAUCAUCAUCACCAUGACAAGCAUCGUCGCCGUCAUCAUCAUAAAAAAUAUCGACAAGAUUCACGUGAUUCCAAAGACCACCGAUUCCAUUCACAUCAUAAACACUACAAACAAUCACAUAGUCAUGAAAAUGGAUACAGGUAAAAAAUAAAAUAAAAAAGAGAAAUCCCACUGUUUAAUCCGUUGCUUCUCCAACAAUCAAUUAUUUCUUUUUGCAUGCAUUCGUACACUGAUGUAAUCUGUACUUCAAUUUUCUUUCUAUCCUUAAUUAUACAUAUAUAAACACAUUUUCUUGCAUUGACCUACCAUAUCUGCAAAGAAUUAUUGUCCCAUCGAGAAUACCCACUGACCUGGUGUGUUGCUUAUAAAGUCCCCUCUUUGUCAACUUUAUUAUCCCAGUUGUUUGUUUGUUUUCCUUAUUUUAUAUUUUCUCAAUUUUGUAUUUAAAUUAGGUUCAAUGAUCCAGACAUAAAAAAAUGUACAGUUGUCUUCUUUUCACUUCUUUAAUCCCAUCAUGUUAUCGAUGAAUAACGAUCAUACAUCAAACUCAUCCAUAUGAUGGUAUAUUAACGUCGUAUACAUUGUUCAAGUCCAUCAAAGUCGAAUAAAGAGAGACUGAAGAAAUGCAUUGUAAUUUAUCAUUUCAUAAAAUGAGGAUUAUAUAUACAUAGUGGUUUUACUGCUUCAUUAUUAAUGUUCUGUAUUAUUGUCUUUGAUGUUAUUGAUUUGUUUUUCUUACUUGUUUAUUUGAAAGUGAUGUUGACUACGCUUUUUUGCAUUGUCUUUUGUGUACGUAGCUAUAAAAGUUUUAGAAGAAGAAGAAGAGUCCUGUUUUUAGUCAUU